AAAGGGUAUCAUCAGUUUCGCCUACACACAGUAAAACACAGAUAUAGACAGAGAGAAAAAAGAGAAAAAUGGCUCUGAAGCUGCAUGGAGUAGCCAUGUCGACUUGCACUUCGCUUGUGAUAACAUGUCUUCGCGAGAAAGGAGUAGAUUUUGAGCUGGUUCCUAUUGAUCUUUUCGCUGGCGAACAUAAGCAGCCUCCUUUUAUUGCCAAGAAUCCCUUUGGUCAAGUUCCAGUGCUUGAAGAUGGCGAUCUGACUUUAUUUGAAUCUAGAGCAAUCGCAGCAUACAUAGCAGAGAAAUUCAAGGAAAGUGGGUACGAUCUAAUAAGGCAUCAGAACCUAAAAGAAGCAGCAACAGUGAGGGUAUGGACAGAGGUAGAAUCUCAGCAAUACCAUCCAGCGAUAGCUCCAAUUGUGUACCAACUUUACGUUAACCCUCUUAAAGGAGUUUCACCAGAUCAAGAAAUCAUCGAGACCAACUUAGAGAAGCUAGGAAAGGUUCUUGACAUAUACGAAGCCAGGCUUAGCACCAGCAAGUAUUUGGCAGGAGAUUUCUACAGCUUGGCGGAUCUUCAUCACCUCCCUUACACUUACUAUCUAAUGAAGACCCAUGCAGCUUCAGUUAUCAAUGAACGUCCUCAUGUUAAGGCUUGGUGGGAAGAUAUCUCUUCCAGACCAGCUUUCAAGAAAGCUUCUGAGGGUAUGACCUUUGGUGAGAAAUGAUCAAUUGAAUUAGAGUUUCAACAUUUUUCAUUUAAUCAUACUCUGCGAUCCAUGAGUUUUUUUUUUUUUUUUAAAUUAAUACGUCAGAUCUUGCUUUUGAUGAAUAUUAUGGAUAGCAAAUGUUGAUUCUGAAACUUAAUAUUGUCUUUGAAUAUUGAAACUAUUAAAUAAAAUUAAGUUUCAUGAUUUACUUCUGUUCUUUCCAUUCUUUUUAAUUAUCAUGGGAAGAAGAUUGUUCUUGGUAAGGUGCCUCAUGUCAUUCCUGAAAUUCUGCUUGUUUCCGGCAUAUAUGUGUUUGAUCCAAUUUUGGUUUGAAUCGUGAUUUAUUCUGAAAAAUCAAUCCCAAAAUCUUGGGAAUUUGAUGGAAACAGAAAAUGAUGCAUGGUUUGAAACUGUAUUAUUGUAUAUAGAUCAAUUUGUAACAUUUAUUUGGCCAUAUAAACUAGUAAAAUAU